CAAGAAUUCUGGAAGCAUCAGCAUCAGCAGCAACAGCAACAAGCUCUCUUCUUCUUCUUCAGGUUGUUCUAUUGUCUGGAAGGCUGUGUCUGUGAAAGUCCCCACUGAGAUUGAGGGUCUCAACGUUGCUGAGGAUGUUUCUCAGUCUGGGAAAAAGAAAGCCACAUGAGGGAAAGCUUUGACUUGCCAAAGAGCUUCCCAAGGAAAGUUCGCAUUGCCUCUUUUGCUCAAAGCUUUAUAAUUACUGUUUACUUUAAAGCCUUGACUUUUGAAAGGCAUCCAGAUAAUUCCAUCCUCUUCUAACCUUUGUAGCAUAUAAAUCAUCCAAGAAGGAUUCUAUGGACUCUAAUCUUAUACCACCCAAAUAGAGGCUCCCUCAGGGCCUAUGUGAGGAUCUGGAAAGCAUGACAAGGAACUUUUGGUGGGGCCAAAAGCAACAUGAAUCAAAGAUGGCUUGGGUUGGUUAGAAAUAAAUGUGCUAUCCUAAGUCCAAAGGUGGUCUGGGCUUUAGAGACUUGAAAGCCUUUAAUCUGGCUAUGCUAGCAAAACAAGCCUGGAGAAUCCUUACAAAUCCUACUUCCCUCAUUGCCCGGGUCCUCAAAGCACGUUACUUUCCUUCUGGUGACAUCCUCAGUGCAACACUUGGCUCUAAUCCUUCCUACUCCUGGCGAAGCAUAUUUAAUAAUGUGGAAGUCAUUCGUAGGGGAACCAAAUGGAGAGUGGGCAAUGGCAAACAAAUUCACAUAUGGGAUAACAAAUGGCUCCCCACCCCCACCACUCAUAAAGUCAUCACCCCCCCUAAUAACCUUCUACCCUUACCCAUGGUCUCUUCCCUCAUUGAUCUGGCCAUUAAAUGGUGGAGAGCUGAUGUCAUUCGUGCUAUCUUCCUCCCAUUUGAAGCGGACACAAUCCUAAGGAUUCCUAUUAGUCGACGUUUGCCCGAGGACAAGCUAAUUUGGAUGGGAAACUCUCGGGGUGAGUUUACUGUGAAGAGUGCUUACCACAUUGCCUUCAGUAUGUUCGAAGGAAAAGAUGAUGUUGGUAGCUCCAAGGGAGACCCGCUUAAACCCCUUUGGAAGAGAUUGUGGCACCUUAACCUUCCUGCAAAGAUUAAGAUCUUUGCUUGGAGGGCCUGCAUUAAUGGGCUGCCAUCAAGGGAAAAAUUGUGUGCCAGAGGUAUUAACACAGACAAAGACUGCCCAAUAUGUAACAAGGUGAUGGAAUCCGUUCACCAUGCUUUGCUUCACUGCGAUUUUGCUAUCCGGGUGUGGAGCUUUUGGGCUGAUGGUGUGCAAUGGCUCCAAAGAAACAAUUGGACCUUUCUGGAUUCAGCUAUGUACUUUCUUGCACAUAAGUCCUCUCAAGUUUUAGAAUCUUUCUUCACUAUUGCUUGGGCAAUUUGGUACAAUAGAAAUAGAACCAUCCACGAAGGCAAAUGCUCUCACCCCUCGCAGGUUUGGCAGACGGCUAGGAAUUCCAUAGAAGACUUCACUAAUGCAGCUUAUACAGACCUUCCCUCCUCAAGACCGACUCUUUCUAGCUGUUGGUCGCCUCCUCCUCCUGGUGUAUUCAAAAUAAACGUGGAUGGGGCCUCAUUAGAGCUUGAAGGAACUUCUAGCAUUGGAGUCAUCAUUAGAGAUUGCAAGGGUGAUACAGUUGCUGCCCUCUGCAAACCCCUCCAGUCCCAUUACCCGGCGGAAUUAGCGGAAAUCAUUGCCUUGGAGCAAGGUAACUUGCUUGCUCAAGAGAUGCAUCUUCCUUGUGUGUUGUGUGAAAGUGAUGCCUCUAAUGUGAUUAAUGCAAUCAAUGACACUGCUACUGGGACUCCGUAUGAACACAUUAUACAGGAUAUUAUCCAAGCUCAAGCCUCCUUUGCUUUCUGCACUUUCAGAUUUCUAAGCUGGGCCUUCAACCAUGCAGCCGAUGAACUAGCUCAGUUUGCUCAUAGGACCGGCUCUCACCAGGUGUGGUAUGGGGUUACCCCUUCUUUUUUAGAAUCCAUUGUACAAGCAGACCUUCUGAUCUAAGACCGGCUCUGCAGGUUUCUUUUUGGCCUUCUUGGUCUUCUCUGUAUUCUUCUUCUCUGUUGCAAUGAAAUCAUACUUUUUCAAAAAAAAAAAAAAAAGUCAAAAAUGACAAUUUGAUAAUUCCACUUAUAUAACCUUAACAUGAGAAAAAAAUAAAACAAACUGGGUUCUUGUUAGAACAAAAUAUGUCAAUCCAGGUACGUCACGUGCCGUUGUGUGUAUGGGUCUUAAUUUAUUUUUUUGAGAAGAUUUGUCAUAUGUGUGUAUGAGUCUUUAUGUGUUUAUAUGUAUAAAGUUCGUAUAUUAUAUACUUUUUGUUUUUUUGGCCA